AAAAAAAAAACACAAAAGAGAGAAGUGGACAACAAAGAGAGGCAUCGAAGGAAGGACAACACGACACACAAGAAUAAAAGACUCUGGCGGUGGCAGAAGCAUAGGAGAGGACGCGAAACCCAGAAGAAGAAGAAGAAGAAAAUAGCAGAAGAAGGGGCGAGUGGGUAACUUUCUUCACGAGACCAGUCACCGGCAACAUCGUGAGCGACGAGUUUUUGUCGCUGCAGCUACCAUGGACUCCGAGGAUUACAUGUACGACAGUGACGUCGAGGAGACAACCUACGACGAUGACGAUCCCUACUAUUACAGCGACAAAGAAGAGGAGAACAUAGCUGUUGGUGACGAUGACGAUGAGUCAAGAAGGAACAAGAAGGCAAAACAAAGUUACAUUGUAUUGAAAGAAUCAGAUAUCCAACAACGUCAAGAGAACGAUAUCACCGAGGUAUCCAAUGUUCUUUCCAUAUCAAAAGCUGCCGCGACGGUGCUUCUCCUAAAUUACAAUUGGAGAGCGUGUGACGUUCAAGAUGAGUGGUUUGCUGAUGAAGAGAGAAUUAGAAAAAAAGUGGGUUUAUUUGAAAAACCGGCUUUUUUGCUGCCCAAUAAACUUGGAAAAGUUGAACUAACUUGUUCUAUAUGUUAUGAGAAUGUUCGUGUUUCUAUGAUGGGUUGGGUUAGUUGUGGUCAUCCCUUUUGUAGGGAGUGUUGGGAGAAGUAUGUGAGUGUGGCAAUUGAGGAUGGGGUUGGAUGUUUGACAUUGAGAUGUCCCGAACCGCGCUGUAACGCGGUGGUGGAUCGUGAUUCGAUUGAUUUGUUUGCUAAAAAGGAAGAUAAGGAGAGGUAUUCGCGGUAUUUGAUAAGGUCUUAUAUUGAGAGUAAUAAGAAGUAUAAGUGGUGUCCGAGUGCGGAUUGUGAGUAUGCAAUGGAGUUUUGUGAAGGAGGUGACGAAGAGUGCUAUGAUGUUUGUUGCCAUUGUAACAAUGGGUUUUGUUGGAAUUGUAUGGAUGAUGCACAUAGGCCAGUGGAUUGUGAGACUGUGGCUAAGUGGCAAUUGAAGAAUAGUUCUGAGGCUGAGAAUACAGCAUGGUUGUUGGUCAAUACAAAGCCAUGUCCAAAGUGUGGAAAACCCAUUGAGAAGAACCAAGGGUGCAUGCACAUGACAUGCCGGAAACCUUGUGAACAUGAGUUUUGCUGGAUGUGCCUUGGAACAUGGAAGGAGCAUGGUGAGAGAACAGGUGGGUUCUAUGCUUGUAAUACAUUCCAAAAGAAUAAGGAAGAGGGUAAGUAUAAUCAGGAUGAAGAUAUCAGAAAAAGAGCUGAGAAGCAUUUGGAAAAGUAUACUCAUUAUUACGAGAGAUGGGCAGGCAAUGAAUCAUCAAGGAAACAAGCUGUUAAGGAUUUAAAGCAAAUGCAAAAUGACUACAUGGUAAGACUUAGUGACCUAAGGGGGGCAACUACGCUCGAGCUUAAGUUCAUUACAGAGGCCUGGUUGCAGAUAAUUGAAUGUAGGAGAGUGCUUAAGUGGACAUAUGCAUAUGGGUAUUACCUCCCUGAGGAUGGAGACAAGAAAGCAAAAUCAAAAAAGGGGUUCUUUGAGUACUUGCAAGGUGAGGCAGAGUCUAAUUUGGAAAGGCUUCAUCAUUGUAUGGAGAAGGAUAUACAUAACUACCUCAACAAAGAGCGUCCAGAAGAAGAAUUCAAAAUUUUCAGAGCAAAGCUAUCCGAUCUUACCACAGUGACACGGAAUUACUUUGAGAAUCUGGUUAAGGCAUUGGAGAAUGGCCUAAAAGAUACUAGCUUUCAAGAGGCUUGCAGUUCGCAAGAAGCUUGCAGUUCACAAGAGGCUUGCAGCAAGAUAAAUAGUAAGACAUCAAGAAAGGGAGAAAGGACUAAGGGUAAGAGGAGACCUUAAUCAAAAAUAUUCAAUAGAAUAUGUUUCUUUGAACAAAGAAUUCCAUAGUAAAAAACAGUACUAAGCAAUUUUCGUAUGACUUCAGAUAUAUGUUAAGUAUUCUUUGUAAUCGAUCAAACACAUUCUGGAUUGA